CUUUGGUUGAGAUAUUCCGUCUGAUUAAACCUCCAAGUUACAGCACAAACAAAUGUUACUUCUGUGGUUUAUCUGCGCCUCUCUUGUUCCACCUACAUUGGGACGUGACUGCGCAUGUGCAACAGGAAGUGUUCACGUUCGAAGUGGCGCAGGAGUAGGUCACAGUAGUCUGGGUAUUCUAAGCCCUGGACAGUGUGUGACGUACAGAGGUAACCAGGUUCAAAACGGAGGAUUACAAUGGGCCCGGGUCGAGUACAAUGGGCACGACGCAUACGUUGCUGCCAAUUGGUUGCGCUUCCAAGCGUGUUCAGGUGCUACAACCAAUUCGCAGCAGUUGCCCGGAUGUCCACGCAUCAUUUCGCGGGCCGAGUGGGGUGCGCGCGAACCUAGUACACAUAUCCCGGACUUAGCGCACACUCCACAGAUGGUCUACAUCCACCACGGGGCAACGCGAGGCUGCACAACACAAAACGAGUGCGCCGCCAUUGUCAGGUCCUACCAAAAUUACCACAUGGACACACAUGGCUGGGACGACAUCGGUUACACGUUUGUGAUUGGCGAGGACGGUAAUAUAUACGAGGCUCGUGGCUGGGACAAGUUUGGUACCCACACCCGUAACCACAACCACGACGGGUUAGGUUUCUGUGUGAUUGGAGAUUUCACAUCACACGUUCCGAACACUGCCGCACAAAACGCCGUCAAGCAGCUGAUACAGUGCGCGGUGGACAACGGCAAAAUCCGGCACAACUACAUCGUCAAGGGCCACCGUGACGUUGUGCAGACGUCGUGCCCGGGAACCAAGUUUUACGAGCUGAUCCACAGUUGGCCGCAUUACAUGAAAGAUCACUGAACAAAACGACAUGGUGGUGGUUUUCAACUGUAAUAAAAACAGAUCGGAUGC